AUUCUGUGUCCCUCAGUAACAAUUCUGUGUCCCUCAGUAACAAUUCUGUGUCCCUCAGUAACAAUUCUGUGUCUGUCCCUGAGUAACAAUUCUGUGUCUGUCCUGAGUAACAAUUCUGUGUCCCUCAGUAACAAUUCUGUGUCCCUCAGUAACAAUUCUGUGUCCCUGAGUAACGAUUCUGUGGCCCUCAGUAACAAUUCUGUAUCCCUCAGUAACAAUUCUGUAUCCCUCAGUAACAAUUCUGUCUGUCCCUGAGUAACAAUUCUGUGUCCCUAAGUAACGUUUCUGUGGCCCUAACUAACGAUUCUGUGGCCCUAAGUAACGUUUCUGUGGCCCUAAGUAACGUUUCUGUGGCCCUAAGUAACGAUUC